AUGGCAGCCUGGGACAUCUACGCAGAGAAGCUCUUCCCUCUAGGAUAUGGACAUCCCCUGUGGGCACCAGGACCCUCUACGGAGUUUGGCGAAGUACACAUUGGCGACGUCGGAUUCUUGCUACCGGUCCGAUUCCGCUUCCUGUUCAACUGUACACUCGCACCAGGCGAUCUGGUCAACCAGAGAGGCACUCCAACCCCGUUCGAACCAUUUAUGAUUUCGAUAGGAGCGCUGGCAGAGAUCCCGAACGAGAUCACGCAGCCGCUGCUUCAGAGCCAAGGCAUGCAAUCAAUCUCUGUUGAAGGACGGGGAGGCGCACAAGCUUCGUUACGCUACAAAUGCUCCCAACAAAGCGGAGCGUUGCUCAUGCUGAAGCAAGCAGGCCAUGCGACACGUUUAGAUUGCACACGUGCUAUCCAGAAGUACAUGCGCCAGAACUUGGAACACUGGCAUCUUUUCGCGACCGAAGAGCUCGGCAUCGAUCUGCGCGACAGCGAUCUCAUCUUCGUGAGCGGGUAUAUCAAGACCACGAUCUGGGCCGAGGCCGCGUUCAGCAGCUCGACCACCGACGGCGAACUGAAUAUUUCCGCUGGCGCGUCGCUCCCGGUAGGAGCAUCGGGCUCGUUUUCUGUGGAACUAUCGAAUUGCCAACUUCCUCUGACCUUCCACCGCCACGGUCCCUCCGGAAGGGCCAUGGCCGAGCGCGCACUGGGUUCCCCGGCCCUUACGUCCGACACGAGUGCCGCGGACGCGUUCGACCAGUGCAUCUUCCUAAACUACUUCAGAAUGAAGGGCAGGUUUCUUCGGAAAGUCAUGCGCGCUGCCGCAGGCCCUCAUGAACUUCCAAGCCCACCUCCGGAUGACCUGCCAACAAUUUUCGGUGACACACAGAGUGGACAGGUGCGAGCGAGCGACCUCAAUAUUCACAACAUGUCUUCCCAUCGCUGA